CUGAUGAGGAACACCAGCAAAAUGUGGCAGUGGCAGCCAGACCUCGGGCCCAUGCCGAGGAGCGGGGAGAUGGGAUGCCGAGGCGCCGGAGGAACAUGGGAAACCGGCUGAUGGCCCAGAGGAGAGUGCAGCAGGCAGAAGACUGGGCAGCAGAGGAAGAUGAUGCUGAGGAGAUGCCAGAAUUUCAGGUGUCUGGGAAAAUUGGAGCAAAGAAGCAGAGGAAAUUAGAAGAGAAACAAGCCAGAAAAGCUCAAAGAGAGGCUGAAGAAGCAGAGCGAGAAGAACGGAAAAAACUUGAGUCAAAGAGAGAGGAGGAAAGGCGGAAAGAAGAGGAGAGAAUACGUCUUGAGGAAGAACGACAGGAAGAGGAAAAAAGGAAGGCAAAGGAAGAAGAGGAGAAGAGAGAGUAUGAAGAGUACCUGAAGCUGAAGGAGAGUUUUGUAGUUGAAGAGGAAGGGGUUGAAGAAUCAAUGACAGAGGAAGAGUCUCGCAGCUUUCUAAUGGAAUUUCUCGAAUACGUUAAGAAAACAAAGGUAAUCCAGCUGGAAGACUUGGCUUCACAUCUGGGUUUACGAACUCAGGAUGCAAUUAACAGAAUCCAGGACCUGAUGGCAGAUGGCACUCUAACAGGUGUGAUUGAUGACAGAGGAAAGUUCAUCUACAUCACUCCGGAGGAGAUGGCUGCCGUGGCUCAGUAUAUCAAACAGAGAGGACGAGUCUCCAUCGCAGAGCUGGCCCAAGCAAGCAAUUCCCUCAUCAACCUCCAGCCUGACAGCCGAGCUGUUGCUCCAACCGUGGCAUGAAAUUGUGGCAUGGGAAAGAUACAGGAGGAGUUUAACCUUUUAACGAGCAAGCCACAUAAUUGAAAGCAAACAAGAACUCCUCUAGUCCAUUCAUGGUGCUUGAAGAUAGGAUGCUCUUUUUUAAGCAUCAGCUG